CAACAAUGGUAAAGAAAAGGAAGUAGAUUAAUUUACGACUGCGCAUGCGCGAUGAGCCGAAGGUUAUUACAGGAAGUAAAUAAACUGGACUUGCACAACAUGAGUUAAACAUCGUUCCUGAGUGUUAAUCCGUUACAUGCAAGCUACUCAAUUUCUUCGAUUAGUCAAAGAUGUCUUCAAGACAGAAGAAAUUCGAAGAUGACAUUAAAACCGCCAUUCAACUGAUUGCAGAAGAGCAAUGGCCAGUCCACAAUUUUGAAAUAGCAGGAAAAUCCCUUACGUUCAUGCUGAAUAAAAAUGAUGAUUUGUGUGAAUUUUCGAUUGUAACAUCAGAUGAAUACCCAGAGAACACAUUUAUCUACAGAGGUGGUGAUUUCAAUAAUCCUGUUAUAAGUAAUAAUGCUAUACCAGCUAUUCUUUCGGAUUGUGUCAAAUGUACAGGCAGUAUUCUCCAGACGACACUGGUACAGCGCACCAUCAGCAUGGAAUCUGAGGCAUCAAAUUAUGAGGAUGCAGCGUCCAACCUUGGGGAUUCGGAUAAUGACAACCAGGAAGAGGAUAUGGAGGACUAUUAUAAUGAUGAGGAGAUGUCAAUGGAGGUCAGCGUCAACCCGUUAUUGGACACAGACAUGGAAAAAUUGACUAAUAUCCAUGGAGACAGUGUGCUAAGUUACAGGUUACUGGAUUCCAUUGAUGAAAUUGACAUAGAACUGAACAUAGAGUUGGCAGGAUUUAUAGCAAAAGAAAUAGCUGAGGCUUGGGGACUUAACAGUGAAGAACCAUUAGUUAUCAGAAUACAUCUGUCAUUAACGACUUACCUGGACACACCUAAUCCUCCUAAAGUAGAAGCCUUCCAGCCAUCGAAGAAAGAGAAGUGUGGAGUUGGGAGCCAGAUGAGGAAGAUACUGGAGUCCUAUUUGUCACAGAACUGGCCUAAACUCAGCAAUGAGAAGCUAGAAGCCAUCCACAACUUUCAAGAGAGAACAAUGGGCAUGUCUUCUAUGGAGACUUCACAGUCCAGCAACACUUUGUCAUCAGCACCAAUCACCGUUGAUGACAGAGAUCUUGCCCGCCUUAUGGAAAUGGGGUUCUCUGAUGAGCAGGCAAGGAACGCCCUAAUACUGAACCGGGGAGAUAUCCUUAAGGCUUCCAAUGAUUUGUUUAUUAACUCAGAAGGUAAACAAAAAUUACCUGAUGGCCCUGAGAAGACUGCUAAAGCGCCCCCGGUCAAAGGCACUAUGAGACAAACAUCACAUCCGCCAAUACUGAAGAAAAUUAAGCGAGGUUUUGGACGACAAACAAGUUCAAUAGCAACAGCAUCAGGUUCAAAGGAGAAAACUUCUCAAGGUCAAACUUCAACUGAUCUAACCUUAGUCCCUUCGUCCUACCUGGCUGGGGAAAAUGCUAAGCGAGUUCCAAGCCUGGAGCAUGGCUUUCUAGUCCAGAUGUUCCAGUAUAUUCGUCAGAGGAUUCCUACCCUAAACGAGUACUGCGUAGUCUGUGAUGAACCACAUGUCUUUCAGAAUGGUGCAAUGUUAAAGCCGGCAGUAUGUUCACGAGAGCUGUGUGUAUUUGCUUUCCAAACACUUGGGGUGAUGAGUGAUGCAGCGGAGGACAUCGCCACAGGUGCUGAGGUCGUCGACUUGCUGGUGGCCAUGACAAGGGCGGCAUGUGGCUCCAAUAGAAAAGCUGUGAUCUUCGAGCCUUAUCCUACCAUCGUAGACCCUAGGAACAAUAAGGAACUGGCUUUUAAUCCAAAGAGUAAAGAUUACACAAAAGUAGAAAAUGCCCUGGAGGGUAUUAUUUCUAUGCAAGAAAUGACUCGACUUGGAGCUGCCAAUAUGAGGAAAAAACUAGAUGAUAAUAACAUAUAUUCGUAUUCUCUGCUUCAGUGGAUAAUUACAAGUAACAGGUCACAUAUUGUGAAAUUACCUGCAGAUAAGCAAAUAUCAUUCAUGAGAACCCCACAUCAGUUCCUUUUGCUAAGCAGUCCGCCUGCCAAGGAGGCUACCUUCAGGGAGUGUAAACAGCAGCAUGGCAGUACAUUUGCAUUCCAUGGUUCUGGGAUAGAAAACUGGCAUUCAAUUAUACGAGAAGGACUGAUCGUGGCAUCAGGGACGAACAAACAGGUGAACGGGGCAGCGUAUGGCAAAGGCGUUUAUCUGAGUCCUAAUGCUAACGUCUCGUUUGGUUAUUCAAGGAUGGGAUACGGAGGUCACAAAGUGAAGGCUGAUCAGUCACAGAGUAAGUCACGGUUCCUGUCCAGUAAUAACAUCACCUGUAUAGCACUCUGUGAAGUAAUCACAGCCCCAAAUCUGAAGAAAUCAGGAAACAUUUGGGUGUCUCCCUCAGGUGACCAUGUUUGUACAAGGUUUUUCUUUGUGUAUGAGGACGGCCAGGUUGGAGAUUCAGACAUUAAUACACAAGUUGACAAAUACAAGAAAGAAAUUGACAAAGCUGUUGGCUUCCGUACUUGUUAGGAGACCGAGACUCUUCCAGAGGAACCUACCUGUGAACAAUUGUUACCAUGUACAGAUAAUACCAAAGAUGGAUUCUCAUCAUUCUACACUUUUGAUUUGAAACUUUUAUUAUACGGCUUUAUCACAGUAACAUACUGUAGCUGUCUCCAAGAUGGUGAUAAAUUAUUUAUAAUUAUAAUAAUAUAUGGCUAAAACAACCUAAAAAUGAUUCUCUUAUUUGAGUGAUGAAUCUAUUGGAGCUUUGAUAAUCCAGUCAACUACCUUUCUCAGAUAAUCAAGUCCCCUUCAUAUUUCUAUAGAUAAUCUAGUCCUUUGAGCUGAUCGUCCAGCCAGCUUUGGUCCCGGUACAUGACAGUACAUAAUCCAUGCACCAUUUUGUUUCAGUAUCUUUUGUAGAAUCUCCUGUUAAUGUCAGUGAUCAAUGAUCAUACAUAUAGCCCAUCCAGUUCAUAUUGAUUCUCAUUUCAAGGUUUGGUAUGAAACAUCAAUGUUUACAAUUCUUACACCAUUUUAUACCACUCCUUCAGCAAUAGUAAUAAGGAUUUACCUUAGUCUCCUUUUCAUACAAAGUGAAGCUUGCUUCAAUGAACAAAACUGAGAUAAGUUUCGUAAAUCUCAAAUGUAUUGAAAGGGAAGGCAAGGGAAUCCAAGGGCCAAAGCUGCACCAACAUUAAACUGAACCAGUGUUGGCUCUAUCCUGUGCUUACUCUGAAUUAUUUCAUGAUGUCACACAAGGUCAUAUAUUAGGAUUAGUGAGUUCAUCAAGAUAAAUCAUGUGGUUAAUUAUAAAAUGUAUGGCACACCAAUUUGCUUUUCAUUCCCUUUAAUUGAUGUCACUUAGUCGUAUUAAAGGCAGUCACUUAGUCAUAUUAAGGACUGUCACUUAGUCGUAUUAAGGACUGUCACUUAGUCGUAUUAAGGACUGUCACUUAGUCGUAUUAAGGACUGUCACUUAGUCGUAUUAAGGACUGUCACUUAGUCGUAUUAAGGACUGUCACUUAGUCGUAUUAAGGACUGUCACUUAGUCGUAUUAAGGACUGUCACUUAGUCGUAUUAAGGACUGUCACUUAGUCGUAUUAAGGACUGUCACCUAGUCGUAUUAAGGACUGUCACUUAGUCGUAUUAAGGACUGUCACUUAGUCGUAUAAAGGACUGUCACUUAGUCGUAUUAAGGACUGUCACUUAGUCGUAUUAAGGACUGUCACUUAGUCGUAUUAAGGACUGUCACUUAGUCGUAUUAAGGACUGUCACUUAGUCGUAUUAAGGACUGUCACUAGUCGUAUUAUGGACUGUCACUUAGUCGUAUUAAGGCCUGUCACUUAGUCGUAUUAAGGACUGUCACUUAAUCACAUUAAGGACUGUCACUAUUCAUUUUAUGAUCUCAUCUAUUCAAAUGUUGACUAAGUGAUAUCACUUAAACAAAACUUGAUAUCACUUUGUUUGGGAAUAAAAAGUAAUUCGGUGUGUGCUAUAAAAAUAAUGUUAUCAUUGUUAAGAUCAUUAGAAUAUGUGUCAAGUCUCAGAGAAAUAUGGUUAAAAUUCUAUCUUGUACAGACAACAGAAUUUCUGGCAUUGUUUAGUGAUUCUUAAUAUGGAAACUCGGCUUGUUUAUUUUUAUUAUUAUUUUUUUGUCAUUAUCUCCUUGUUUAUGUAUGUUUUAACACAGACAAUAUUGUGUCAAGCUGACUAAGUUUUGAACCGUUUUUGACCUAGGUUGAAACAUUUUGUAUGCUUUUUUUUCUUAUUAAUAUUUAUGUUUGAAUGUCUGAAAAAAACUGCAUCACUGACUAGUGUUUAUGAAAAGUGCAAAUUACAAGAUAUUUGUGAGAGGUGUUAUUAGAUUCAGCAGUCGUUGUUGUAGGAAGGGUAACCAAUACUGCAGUUGUUUUGUAUGGAGGGUUACUAAGACUGUAGUUGUUUUGUAUGGAGGGUUACUAAGACUAGUUGUUACGGUUUUAUAAGGAGGGUUACUAAGACUGUAGUUGUUGAGGUUUUGUAUGCAGGGUUACUAAGACUGCAGUUGUUUGGGGUGUUUAGAGGGUUACUAAGACUGUAGUUGUUUGGGUUUUGUAUGGAGGGUUACUAAGACUGUAGUUGUUCGGUUUUGUAUGGAGGGUUACUAAGACUGUAGUUGUUCGGUUUUGUAUGGAGGGCUACUAAGACUGUAGUUGUUUUGUAUGGAGGGUUACUAAGACUGUAGUUGUUUGGGUUUUGUAUGGAGGGUUACUAAGACUGUAGUUGUUACGGUUUUGUAUGACGGGUUACUAAGACUGCAGUUGUUUGGGUUUUGUAUGGAGGGUUACUAAGACUGUAGUUGUUUGGGUUUUGUAUGGAGGGUUACUAAGACUGUAGUUGUUACGGUUUUGUAUGGAGGGUUACUAAGACUGCAGUUGUUACGGUUUUGUAUGACGGGUUACUAAGACUGUAGUUGUUUGGGUUUUGUAUGGAGGGUUACUAAGACUGUAGUUGUUUGGGUUUUGUAUGGAGGGUUACUAAGACUGUAGUUGUUUGGGUUUUGUAUGGAGGGUUACUAAGACUGUAGUUGUUUGGGUUUUGUAUGGAGGGUUACUAAGACUGUAGUUGUUACGGUUUUGUAUGGAGGGUUACUAAGACUGUAGUUGUUUGGGUUUUGUAUGGAGGGUUACUAAGACUGUAGUUGUUUGGGUUUUGUAUGGAGGGUUACUAAGACUGUUGUGGAUGUCUUUUAUGGGCAAUUAUAAAGAUUCUGUUUGCCUGGAUGACUUUUUCAUCAGACUAUUUUUGCAAGAAUUAUUGCCCUUUAUUUGAUAUUUGUCCGGAGAUCUAUUCCUGCUUUUUUUCGACCAUUUUCUUUGAAACUUGGUAGGCAUUAUUUUCAUGUUAUAUAGUUGAGUUUUCCUGAAAGGAAUUGUUAUUAGACUAUUAAUUUUUGCAAAAUUUAUUGCCUUUUAUUCAUUAGAAAAUUGAACAUGGAUUUUGAAGCUUCAGAGUGACAGGUGAGGGUUUUAGCAUGCCACCUAUAAACACUUGUACAAUGUUAGAUGAUGUAAAUCUUACAUCAAUGCAACAUAGUAUGUCACACUUUAUGGCAUUUAAUGGGCAUAUGUUCGUUGCCAUGAUACUGUUGGUUUCUUUUAGUUGUCUAUUCUUGUUUUUUGGUUUUUUUUUUAGUUAUCUAGAUUCAUUCCGACUUUAAUAUGUUGUUUUUUUUUUUUUUUUUCUGAGAGAAAACGUUUUAUUUAUAUUUGAUUGUGUUUUAUAAAAGAUAUGAAUUAUUAUGUAAAUGUCAUGAAGGGUGGUCUGAUGGUGUGUUGUUAAGUGACUGGGGUUUGAUUCUGAAAUCAGAAGUGAAGAGGUACAAGAUCACCUGCCUAGCCAUGCAGGUUUUCUCUAGGUACUUCCUACCCAGUCUAUAUAUCUAAUUAACAUAUUGUAGGAGGGACCAAGAGGCCUAAGGGGUCUGAAAUAUAGUUAUCCUGUAAGGUCUGUGACAAUUAUUUAACCAAUGAAAAUAUUGAUAUAGAUAUUCUUCAGAGUUUUAACUGAAUAUGUCUUUAUGACAAAUAUAUUUGUUGCACAGUCUUCCUCACAAUUGAACCGUUAUUAUAAAUGACAACUAUUGAGUUGGGUCAGUGUAACUGUCCAACCCAACAUGAUGUAAACAUUUUCAAAUCAAUAUUUACGUUACAUCUCCUUUUUGAUAAUACUUAUUAUUUCUGUGUCCCUAGAACACAAUUAUACCUCUAAAGUCAUAACCUGACCACAACUUGUAAAGUUAUUGAUAAAUUGUCAGGAAUGUCUAAUGGAUGGAUGGUCCAUGUGUUUAAACCCAGAGACUUUAGAGCCAGUAUCCCAUGGAAGUCAUGCAUGAUAAAUUAUCAGGAUGGAAGUCAUGCAUGAUAAAUUAUCUGGAUGGAAGUCAUGCAUGAUAAAUUAUCAGUAUGGAAGUCAUGCAUGAUAAAUUAUCAGUAUGGAAGUCAUGCAUGAUAAACUAUCAGAGUGGAAAGGACUAGCUGCGGCCUAGAUCUCCAAUCCAAUUGAUAUUUAAAAUUGUUGAAGUUCAAUUGAAAAUGCAAGACACAUGACAUGCCAUGACAAUGACAUGCUAUCACAUGGCUAUGAUGUGGCUACGACAUUGCUAUCACAUGGCUAUGACAUGGCUAUGAUGUUGCUAUCACAUGACUAUGUUAAAAUGAAUUGUCAGUUGUACAUUGACAUAUUUUAGUAUACUGUAAGGGCAUGUUACUGUUCAAACUUUCACGGUUUUACCAAAAUGGGUUUUCUGGGGGGUUUUUUGGUGGAAAUUGUGAAACACACUAUAUUGUUAUUGAUUUUUAUCGUGAUAUCCUUUUUUCGAGUUUAUAUGCUAUCCUCCAAAUAAGAGUAAAAUGAAACUACAAUCUUUACAAUAUACAGGGAUUCAGAAAAGUUCCUCUCCAGUCAUAACUGUUCCUAUGGAUGUGACAAUGCCUGUGACUACCAUUAUGAUAUGGAGCUAAUAUGACUCAGUUCUGCACAUAUUUUCCAUGACCUGUGAAAACCUGAGAUUUAUUUACCUUCCUGGCAUGAUUUAUGAGAAAGUAUAGUAUGUAUAUAAUUCUACAAAUAAUAUUAUAAAUCUGCCAGAGCACAGUGUGAUACAAAACAAUGUGUAUACAAUAAUAUGUUUGUCCUUGUUGAAUGAGGUAUUGUUAUGUCUAUACAAUAAUAUGUUUGUCCUUGUUGAUUGAGGCGUUUUACAUUGCAGCGCGGUAUUGAUUUGUUAUUAAACAUUGAUGAUAUGUAUU